AUGGAGAAUGUAACAUUUCUGAUCACUGUGUCCGCCGUCUACGCCUCCGUGAUUUGGCUCCUUCCUGUCUCCGUGGAUUUCAACUCGAAGAACUUGUUUUUCAGGACAUCGCAUUCGACAACAGAUGCAACCGCGCAAGCCCGUUUGCAGGAGUACAAGAAGAAUAAUUUGCCGGAUUGGGUUCCGGUCUUCACAAGAAGCGCUGAAGUCUACUUCUUGGUCUGGAGCGUGCUUCGUUUAAGUAUCCCAGGAGCUUGGGCGAAGCCAGCCUACGAAGACUUGCAUCUGUGGAGCCUCCUGACCGUCUUAUGUUCAUUCCGAUGGUCCUGUCACCCUUCAGCAAAACGAUCCUUAUUGCAACGAAGGCUCGUGUCCACGGCGCUGUCAAUGGCUUUUUCCAUUACUCAGGUGGAUAUGCCAAGGCAGAUCGGGCACCUCAACGGUGUAGCCAAUGUUGGUAUCUCGCUGUUUGUUGGAGACCCCUGGUUUGGUCUUGCUGUGUAUGCUGCGUGCUGUCCACUGAAGGUGGCGCUCGCAUGUCACAGGAUGCAUCUUGCGGAGGUGACGCUCGAGCCUGUCGACGAGCUGGUGUGGUGGGUGGUGAGUGAUGUCGUGACAUGUAUAUUCACUUUUUCGAUUUUGCAACACAUCGACAUUCUUCUUAGCAAUGUGUUGCAGACCGCGGUCGAUUUGGAGCACCAAGUUCGUGAAAGGGAGAAGGGCAUGCAAGAGAGAGAUCACCUGCUGUCGGCCGCGAGCCGCCUGCUUUCUGUAACCUGUGAUUGCUGUGAGCAACUCUCUGACAGUUUCGAAAUUGUGCAACCUUCUCAAAACGCGUUGGCUUUGUUCCACAUCAAGAACCCCGAAGAAGACUCGCAGCUUGAACCAGGCAUUUCGUCGUUGCCUCUGCGGCAGUAUAUCUGUGAUGAUGACCAGGAACGCUUUGCGCAGUUCAUAGCUUCUUCCAAUGAGUCCCAGGCAGCUUCAUCGCUGCACCUCUGCAUGAGAACAUGCUCGGGUAGCAACUUCGAGGCACAGAUCUUCCAUGUGAAGGUUCCCGGCACCAAUCGACCACACCUCAUUGGCAUCAAGUCUUUCGCUGAGAUGACCAGCAUUCCGGAGCAUUCCGUCCUGGAGUCUCCCGUGGCCAGCCUCCCGAUACCCACGGUGCCUAGCCGAUUGAUCCCCAUGUCCCGGGAAGUGGAUGACGAGGUAGAGUUCGUGUGUGAAGAUAGUCGGGAUGGAUCGGGGAGGGGGCGCGGGGCGCUGGCGGAGCUGGCCGAUCAGACGAUGGCCGCCAGGGCCAGUUAUGACGGCAUGGGCGGCGUGGGUCUGGACGGGGGUCACCAAUUUUUGGAACAGGACGCCCCACCACCACCGUGGGUGGUGAGUCUGCAACAGGGCAUGCUUUCCAUUCAGCAGAUGCAAACCAAUGUGCUGAGAGAAAUGAGUGGACAGAGAGAGACCUUUGAGAGGUUUGGAGAGCGAUUGCAGAGUAUAGAGCAAGUUCAGCAUGAGGGAGCGCAACGAUUGGACCGCCUGGAACAAAGGUUGGUCGAGGUGGAGAGAGAACUUCAGGAAGUCCGCUCUCGACCACCUAGCCUGGGCCCGGGCACUCCGCGCAGUUCCGUGGGGGGUACGACAGGGGGAGGAGGGCAUGGGGGGGGGAGAGACAAACGUGGAGACGAUGAUCGGUGGGACGACUUCCAGAUCGUCAUAGGUGGAUGGGACGAGGCCAGGCGAGGGGACGUGGAGGAAGAGGUACGGCGGGUGUUCCAAGAACUAGCGGGCAGUUCACUCCUACAGGACAUCUUCAUCCCUGGCAUACGAACGACAUUUUGUAGGAUCCGUCUGCACCAUAUGGAGGACACGAUGGCAGGCAAGAGACGGGUGCAGUCCUCGGUCAUUCAGGCCCUCAAGACCCACUUUCAGUCCAACCCGUGUGGCAUCCCUGGGAAAGAAAAUGUGAGACUCUGGGUUUCCAGAAACCGAUCACCGCAGGAAAGAAACAAACUCAGGGCCCUGCUUUCUUUGAAAGAUUUGGGUAAGCAGCACAUUCCCGAAGCGGACAUUGACCUGGACUGGGGGGGGAAGUUGUGGUUCAAAGGAGAGCAAGUUCUCUGGCAAGCAGCCUCUAAGACGCCUCCGCAGGAAGCGCUCAUGAUGCAAGACCGGAAGGGAGAUGAUACGGGCUACUGGCUGGAUCCUCGGGCAGUCGCGCGGAUUCUGCAAGUCGAUGAGGAUGUGGUCCGGCGGGCACAGUACGUGGUUUAUGCUCUGAAUGCAGCAAAGUCCUUUCGGUGCACCGCCGUGGCCCUCAGGGAAGAUGUCCCCGUACAGGAUUCUGUGGAAGUCUGGAAAAACACGGUCGAAGCGUUGUAUCAGGCUUUGCGGGAUACGCGUUUUCAUGACGUUGUCCUCUUGGGGGCGGACGUCAACCAGGACAUGUUGCAAGUAGACACCUUCGAAGGAAUGCCAUAUCUUCGCAGCUUCAUGAUUGCCCACGGCCUAGACCAUAACCAGGAUGUGGGCGAUACGUGGCAGGGCAGGGGGUGGAGCAGCCGAAUCGACUAUUGGCUGUAUCGGGCACCGGCCCUGUGGACCACGUUCCACCUACGCCCAGAUCUCAAGCAAGCUUUGCCGUCGGAUCAUGCCCCGCUGUUUGCACGUAAUAAGUGUGGUCGGUGGGUAGUCCAAGGGGAGCUGGUCGAUGCGCUGCAUGAUGAUGUAGAUUUUGUCUUCACGCAGGAGAGGGCCGCCCUCAUGGAGGAGAUACGCUCCCUCAGAGGGGAAAGCCGGGCGGCGCAUAAAGUCGCUCUUCUGGAAAAAGCUAAGUCCGGAGACAGGGCCCCUAUCGCUUUCCUAAGGAGGCAGGCGCAGCAGGGGGCCUCAGAAGUGACGUACGUUCGACAAGCAGGGGGAGAGUUAAAGGCUGCAGCCGAGAUGCAGAAGUUCUAUGAGCAUAAAUAUGCUGACCCUGCCCCCCAGACUUCCCUUCUCCUUUCAAGCCUUCAGCCCCACGCCGACGCCGAUGUCGUGCCAAUUAAGGGGGAGGAGGUGGUACAAGCAUUGGACAGGGUCAAAAAGGGGACGGCCUCCGGCAUGGAUGGGGUGGUGUAUGAGGCAGUUAGGAGCCAGUUCGCCUGCAGAAAAGGCGUGCAAACGGUUGAUGGGGUCGCGGCGGCGCAUCUCGCGGCGAGCGUCAUGAGACAGGCGGGCAAGGCUCUGCACGCCGCUAAAUUGGAUAUCCGGGCGGCAUUUGAUAGUUUAUCACAUGCGGCGGUAGUGAAGUGGCUUGCAGCAUGUGCACCGUGCGCGGAGGCAUGGGCCAUCUGGAAUCUUGUAGGGGGCACGUCGGUCGAAAUGCAGUUUGGGCAGCAGCAAUGGGAGGUGCCCCUUACACAGGGAGUCCUGCAGGGCACAUCCUUCUCAGCAGACCUGUUCUCUAGAUGCAUGGACUUCUUUCUCGUCGGGCUGCCCGCGCGAUGGGCGGCCCAGUUCCCAGACUUCCAAAAAGAACUUAGCUCUACGCCGCACUUUCUUUUGUUUGCCGAUGAUAUACUUGUUCUGGCUAAUUCG